AUGAGAGAGAUGAGCGAGACGAGAGAGAUGAGCGAGACGAGAGAGAUGAGCGAGACGAGAGAGAUGAGCGAAACGAGAGAGAUGAGCGAGACGAGAGAGAUGAGCGAGACAAGAGAGAUGAGCGAGACGAGAGAGAUGAGCGAGACGAGAGAGAUGAGCGAGACGAGAGAGAUGAGCGAGACGAGAGAGAUGAGCGAGAUGAGCGAAAUGAGAGAGAUGAGCGAGACGAGAGAGAUGAUCGAGACGAGAGAGAUGAGCGAGAUGAGCGAGACGAGAGAGACUAGAGAGAUGAGAGAGAUGAACGCGACGAGAGAGAUGAGCGAGACGAGAGAGAUGAUCGAGACGAGAGAGAUGAACGCGACGAGAGCGAUGAGCGAGACGAGAGAGAUGAGCAAGACGAGAGGGAUGAGCAAGACGAGAGAGAUGAGCGAGACGAGAGGGAUGAGCAAGACAAGAGAGAUGAGCGAGACGAGAGAGAUGAGCGAGACGAGAGAGAUGAGCGAGACGAGAGAGAUGAGCGAGACGAGAGGGAUGAGCGAGACGAGAGAGAUGAGCGAGGCGCGAGAGAUGAGCGAGACGAGAGAGAUGAGCGAGACGAGAGAGAUGAGCGAGACGAGAGAGAUGAGUGAGACGAGAGAGAUGAGCGAAACGAGAGAGAUGAGCGAGACGAGAGAGAUGAGCGAGACGAGAGAGAUGAGCGAGACGAGAGAGAUGAGCGAGACGAGAGAGAUGAGGGAAACGAGAGAGAUGAGCGAGACGAGAGAGAUGAGCGAGACUAGAGAGAUUAGAGAGAUGAACGCGACGAGAGAGACUAGAGAGAUGAGAGAGAUGAACGCGACGAGAGAGAUGAGCGAGACGAGAGAGAUGAGCGAGACGAGAGAGAUGAGCGAGACGAGAGAGAUGAGCGAGAUGAGCGAAACGAGAGAGAUGAGAGAGAUGAGCGAGACGAGAGAGAUGAUCAAAACGAGAGAGAUGAGCGAGACGAGAGAGAUGAUCGAGACGAGAGAGAGGGGCGAGACGAGAGAGAUGAGCGAGACGAGAGAGAUGAGCGAGACGAGAGGGAUGAGCAAGACGAGAGAGAUGAGCAAGACGAGAGAGAUGGGCGAGACGAGAGAGAUGAGCGAGACGAGAGGGAUGAGCGAGAUGAGAGAGAUGAGCGAGACAAGAGAGAUGAGCGAGACGAGAGAGAUGAGCGAGACGAGAGAGAUGAGCGAAACGAGAGAGAUGAGCGAGACGAGAGAGAUGAGCGAGACGAGAGAGAUGAGCGAGACGAGAGAGAUGAGCGAGACGAGAGAGAUGAGCGAGACGAGAGAGAUGAGCGAGACGAGAGAGAUGAGCGAGACGAGAGAGAUGACGAGAUGA